AUGGACACCCUCCCAAUCGAGCUCCUCAUCUUCAUCGCGGAUUACGUCCCCCUUCCGAGCCUCUUCUCCCUCUCCCUCACCUGCCACUCCCUUCACCAUCUCCUUGCCCCCCGCCUCAUCUUCCACGUCCCCGCCCGGGCCUCACGCGUCCUCCCAUGCGCAGCGCGCACCCGCAGAUAUGACCUCCUCAAAGCCGCGCUCCCAUAUGCUCCUGGACGCUACACCAUCUCGCCGGCCGACCAGAGGGGCCUCCUGAGCGACCUCGUGCGAGCAGGUGAGAUAGAGCUCAUGCGGAAACUCCUAGAGCGAAGAGAUGUUAAUCCUAACGGUACCAACGGCGGCCUGGGUCCUACGCCCCUGGUGGAGGCAAUGUUGGGGCGCGAUUUUGAGGCAAUGGAGGUUCUGAUAUAUUCAGGGGCGAGUGUGUGGGCCGGGGGUCCACCGGCAGCGAUCCGCCGGCGGCGAUGGUUCAGGAUGGUGAUGAGGGGUUGGGCAGGAUGGGGAAACGAUGAGGGGCUGCAGAAACCGAAGAUGGGUCUUAUGUAG